AUGCGUCAAAAACCGGUGUUGGAAUCUUUAAAGGCGUCUUUUUGUGGGAAAUAUUUUUUUUUCAGAAUGAAGCGUAAAGUUGAAGAAGUACGCACUGCGUUGGACAAUGCCGUGAAUCUCUACGAAGAUGUCCGUUCGAUUGUGUCAAGCCAUGCAUCUUCAUUUUUCGUCCUGGACUACAUGAACACUCUUUUCACUGAAGACCUUCGAGAUGCGCUUUUCCAACUCACUGUAGAAGCAGCUUGCGAACUUCCGAGUCUCCGUCUUAGCUCAGACUUCCGACCCGCGAUCACCGAUUUUCUGAUUCGACUCCGGAACGUUUUAAAUUCCGACGUGAUUGUUCCUUCGAAAGAGGAAUUUUUCGCGGAAUGCGGAGUGACGACAUCGAGGAUUGAUUACGCGUGCGUCGCGUGUCCUGACAAGAAGAAGCAUGAAGUGAUUGCCUCGUGUGACCUGGUUGAAGGGUUGACCCGGAAAUGCGGGUUGAGGCGCGUCACGGAUUUGGGCAGUGGAAAGGGUCACUUGGGGUCAGCGUUGGCGACUUAUUGCGGACUAGAUGUCGUGUGUAUUGAGUGUCGGGCUUUCUUGUCGGAGAGUUCCGCUCGACUCCAUGAGCGGCAUGUGAAAAGACUCGAGAAGAAGACGAAAAUCGAAGCCAAAGGCAGCGGGACGUUUCGCAUUGAAGCAGAUCUAAUCAAUUCCUCGUCGGAUUUAGAGCGACUGAACCCGGACGGAGAAGAAUUCGCCAUCAUUGGAUUACACGCAUGUGGGAACCUUGCGGUGGAUGCCGCACAGUUGUACACGAGAACGAAGUCGUGCUCUGCAAUGUUCAUCGUUGGUUGUUGUUAUAAUAUGCUUGUGGAAGAGUUCGAUGCCUCGGAUCCAUAUACUGUAGAAGAAAGAAUUGCCGGGAGAUUCAGAUUCCCAGUGAGCUCGUUUUUGAGAGAGAAAAGCUUUGGCUUGUCGAGGAAUGCGAAGAUGCUUGGAUUGUAUGCCCCGGAUAGAAUCAACGCUUCUUCGCUGGAGAGAAUUUCUAAUGGCCCAUUGGAUUCCAGCGAAUCUCCGUUUUUCCGGGCUGUGCUGGAUUUUAUGAUGCUGGAAAGCGGAGUUGAAAAGGCACGUGGAGCGACGGUAGGCUCGGCAUUCAAAAAGGCGAAAGGAGACUUUGUUACUUACGCGGAAAUCUCGUGGAAAAAUUUGAAUCUGGAUCCAUCGAAGUUUGACGAAGGGAGAGCGAAGGAACUGUAUGACCAGUGUUCAUUGCUGCGUAAGGAGUUUCACAUCUUCCAACAAUUUCGAACUGCCCUUUCACCGUUGAUCGAGUUUAUAAUCCUGGUUGACCGUCUCCUAGCUCUCCUUGAAGAGGGAUUUGAAAACUCUUGGUUGGUGAGAGCUUUUGAUCCCGUGAUUUCUCCGAGAUGCUACGCCUUGGUGUCUCACAAGUGAUGAACAAUCAUUGAGGUGCCCAUGUGAUCUUCGCGUAGAUGAAAGAGCCAUUUUUUAUGCUUUCGACACAUCGACAAGCUUUAAGGCAGCGUUGGAAAUUGUUGGAACUCCUGAAUACACAUGAUAAAAUUCAGUCCUUGCAAUCUUCCCCGCACAUGCGGAACGCGUACACCAACGAAGCGGCCGAAUGCGGGAUCCAGCACACUGCAAAACUGAUGACCAACAACAGAAUCGCCGUGACUGCUCGUCUUUCUGACCGAAACAGCUGCGAGGGACGCCGCAGUAGAUUCGUUGGUGUGAGUCUUCGUUUCACGUGGAUCUCGUUGAGAGUAAGCGAAGACUGGGUCACUGAAGAUGAGGCGUCCACGGCGGCUUGUUGACUCAGCGCCGUUCGCACGAUCUUGAAAUACAAGAUGGUCGUCGGGACUAGGCCCAGAAACACGUACAUGGCGUUGAGCAGAACUAUGUAAGCCGAAGGGACGACUUCUACGUAGAAACACCGGCGGGUGAAUUGCAUCUGACGUUGGCUGAUGUAAGGGAAGAAGACUGGAGCGAAUCCGACGAUGAUGGCGGUGAGCCAAGCGGCGGCGGUGGCUAAAAAUACUCUGGAGCGUCUCAUUUCUCGGAGGUGAAUGACGAAGAUGACGAGUCCGACCAUGAAGUCGCUUCCGGCGAGACUCGCGAUGUAACAGUACUGCGCCUUGUGGACCCCGUUGACGGACUUGGUUCUAAGGAUCCCAAUCGCCAGGGCGACUAUUAUGCCAUUGGGAACCGCGAUUACCACACCGGUGGUACUCAGCAGUGCGUAGAACAUGGUAGUGGUUGAAUUGGAUGCGUGAGUCGUGGUGUUUCCGAAUUCACUCCCUUCGUCGAAGCUGGGAAUAAAACCCGCGAACUUCCGACCGAA